AAGAAGGCCAACGUCGGUAUUGCUGUCCACGGAUGCACUGAUGCUGCUCGCUCUGCUGCCGAUAUUGUUUUGCUCGCCCCCGGUUUGUCCACUAUUGUCGACGGUUUGAUGACCUCCCGUGCUAUCUUCCAGCGCAUGCGCUCUUAUGCCCUCUACCGUAUCACCUCGACUGUCCACUUUUUGAUGUUCUUCUUUGUCGUCGUCAUGGCCUACGACUGGUCCUUGCCCGCUCACUUGCUGAUUUUGAUCUGCAUCUUGAACGACUUGGCCACCCUUGUUAUUGCCGUUGACAACGCCCAGAUCUCGGAGCACCCCGACAAGUGGAGAAUCGGCCAGUUGAUCACCAUGUCCAUUGUCCUUGGUCUCUGCCUCACUGCCCUGUCCUUUGCCCACUUUUUCAUUUUCUGGAAGCACUUUGGCUACGAGCCCCUGGAUGACAAGGCCCCUUACGAUUCCCGCAAGCUGGAGUCGAUCAUGUACCUCCACAUCUCGUCCGCGCCUCACUUCGUCAUUUUCUCAACCCGUCUGACUGGUUAUUUCUGGGAGAACCUGCCCUCUCCCAUCUUUGCCCUUGUCAUUAUCGGUACCCAGAUCAUUGCGCUGUUGAUGGUCAUCUUUGGUGGUUUGACCCCUAAGGUCCCUGCCGGCCAGGCCAUCGUCGUCUUGUUGAUCUCGUUCAUCUACUUCAUCAUCCUUGAUGUUGUCAAGGUCCAGAUCUUCAAGCACUGGUCCUUCGAGUUGACUGCCACGUUCGUUCCUACGAGCGCCCGCCGCCACAAGUUGUCUGACCGCAAGGCAUCCAAGAUCCAGCAGGAGCGUGUCUGGCGCAGCAUUGACAAUGUCCGCAAGGUCGCUGUCAUGACCGCUGUUGUCUCUUCUCUGCAGGAGAAGCACGCUGUUGAGCACGCUGUCGCUGUGGAGGAGCACAAGUAAAGACGCCAAAAGAGUUGGCUUCCUUCCUUUGCCAUAUACUCGACCAUUUAUUGAUAGAUCUACAUAAUAAAAAGAAGGAAUUUAUAUA